CCCUCGUCAGCACGUCAGGACGCUUCUCUCGUCAACGCCUGCAGCAUCCAGUUCCCAAAUCGCGCGCUCUCACGUAGCCAACAUCUCGCUUGCGUGAUGCACGGGUGCUCGAUCACAUGUAGUAACUGUUUGGCCUUCCGCCACGCCUCCGCCUAGCCACCUGCUGCUGCCGGUCGAGACGGGAAGCAGAGGGGCUCAUCCCUUGAUUUGUCUCUUCCACCACCUCCUUCCGUUCUUGAUUUUCCUGAUCCUUCUUCCUCCUCGUCCGCUUCCUUAUCCCUCCGUCCUGCAAGCAUGCUCGGAAGCCAUUUCAUGUCCCUUCCCGUCUCAUUUGUUACUUUCUGUAGAAGCCCUACGUUCAAACCACACGCAUCCUAAUCGUCGCCAUCGCCUCCGUAAGAUCGAAUUUCCCGUUAUCAGUAGCCUCGGCUAUGCAAUGGGUAACACCUGCUCCUCUGCCUUUCCGCGCGAAUAUGACGAUGACCUCUGCGACGUCGCCAUGCCGCAGAAACGUCGCAAUUCGUCGCGCACAAAAAUCGAGAACCGUCUUGAUUCUCGUCCACCUGCCGUCUUAGCGAAUUCCACGUGUCCUCCAGUAGUGUACGCGGCUGACGUGGCAAAGUGCGCUCCAGUCGACAAAAACUUCAGUCGUCGCCGUUGGCUGCGUAGCAGCCGUCAAGAUAGCGAUUCCAAAUCCAAAUCCAAAUCUCAGCCAUCCAGAUUGCAGACACCCCAGACAAAAUUCAAUUCGGCCGGCCGGGGACGUAAGAAAGCGCCUCUCGCGGCGGCGGUCGCGGGCAGGAGGCUGCUAGAAUUAUACGAGUUAGACCGCGCGCUGGGUGAAGGCAAAUUCGGGACUGUGCGCGUUUGCCAGGCGAAAAAUGGCCCGGAUGCGGGAGUGGAGUUCGCGUGCAAAUCGAUCGCGAAAAGCAGCGCGCCGAGUAUGGUUGUGACUCACGGUGCGACGGAAACGGAGAACGCGGCUUCUCCCUUCACCACCGGAUACAGCGGCAGUACCAGCAAUCGCAAUGGCAGUAGCAAUAGCAACAGCAGUAGCAGUAGCAGCAGCAGUAGCAGCAGCAAUGGCAGCAGCAGCAGCAGCAGCAGCGGGAGCGCGGGCGGGUCCACGUGCAGCAGCAGCUGCUACGGCAGCGACAGCGGCAGCAGCAGCGGCGCCAUGAGUGACUUGUGUGACUGCCAUGGCUGCUCGCCCUCAGGUCCUCUUCACCCGGUCGCACCUGGCUCGCCGGCUACUUCCUCAUCGAUUUCAGUCUCUUGCGUGUCAAGAGAAGGUAGUACUCUCAACUCACCUGCCCGAGCAGGGGUAGGAGCAGGAGCAGCAGCUACGGCCGCCGCCGCUGCGGCGCGGUUCUCAACAGCGCUGACGGAGGUGGUGGUGUUACGGAAGCUGCAGGGGCUUGAAGGAGUCGUGCGACUGCGCGACGUCGUGGACGACGGCCCUGCGACGUCGCACUGCCACAUCAUCAUGCAGCUCUGUCGGGGUCCCAGCCUCCAAGACUACAUCGCGUCCAAAGGCGCUGUGAGCGAGGCGGAGGCCGCGCGGCUGAUGCGCGCGGUGGUGGAGGUGGUGGCGGGGUGCCAUGCGCGCGGCAUGGUGCACCGCGACGUGAAGGCCAGCAACUUCCUCUUCCUCUCGCCGCUGCCCUCCUCACCGCUCCCCACCGCGCCGCACCCCUCCUCACCACACCCCCCUCCGCCGCUCGUCGCGAUCGACUUCGGGCUCGCCGCGUUCUGCCGCCCGGGCGAGCGGCUGCAUGACGUGGCGGGCAGCCCGUGCUACGUGGCGCCCGAGGUGCUGAAGCGGCAGUCGGGGCGCGGGUAUGCGCACGCCGUGGACGUGUGGAGCGCGGGCGUGCUCAUGCACCUGAUGCUCUCGGGCGCGCUGCCCUUCGACGGACCCAGCAUAGUGGAGGUGUUCAAAGCGGUGGCAAACGCGCCGCUGGACCUCACAUCAGGUGCAGCGUGGGCGCAGGUGUCGGGCGACGCCAAGGACCUGCUCGCCUCCAUGCUCUGCCGGGACCCCAACGCCCGCCCCACCGCGCAACAAGUGCUUGAGCACAGGUGGUUCCAAAUGCAUUCCACUGACUGAGCAGAGCAGAGCUGAGCUGCCACACAAUAAUCAUCAUCAUCAUCAUCCUCGCAAUCAUUCGCAUGUGCCCCAACUGCACACACCACAUGUGAAGCUCUGGCACCUGCU